UCACCUGAAAACCGACGAAAAAACCUUUGCUUGUCUCUUCCUCUCUCUCUCUCUCUCUCUUCGGAUCUUUGCUUUCUCCGCUGUUCCCAAACCACAGACGUCUGUCUCCUCUGCCGUCAAGCGAUUGCUGAAUUCGUUCUGAGAAUCUUGAUUGGAGUCUUCCCCAUUUUUCUAUUCGUCCAAACCAAUGCUUCCCGCUCCACUUCCCACGGCGCCCUCGACUUUAACGCCCCCUCGUCAUCCUAACCUUUGAUCGCAUUUGCUCGCAAGAACGGCACUUCAUCCUGUUUUCGAGCUCUCUGCUUCUACUUUUUCCACCGUUUUCUCGGUGAUCGGAUCUUCAGCAUUGAAAUUUCCCUUCUGGGUCGGGUCAAUCUCACUGAGAAAGAUUGCAGCUUUGUUUUUUCUUGUUAUUUAUGUGAUGGCCCUUCACUCCAGUGCUGCAUGCUUCAAUGGCGUGGGCAUUUCUCGACGGGAUUUUGUGAGCUGUAGGCGCCGAACGGUGAAAGUCUCUGCCUUUAGCUGCCCGCCUCUGUCCUCGAUUGCUCGAUUGAAUGUGAAAGGAAAAGCGGUUAGAGGUAAUGAUGCACCUGAAACGAAAGAUAAUUCUCUCGUGGUUUGUUUUGGGGAGAUGCUAAUUGAUUUUGUCCCGACUGUUAGUGGCCUUUCAUUAGCUGAAUCACCUGCUUUUAAGAAAGCUCCAGGAGGAGCACCUGCUAAUGUUGCAGUCGGCAUAUCCCGUCUUGGUGGAUCAUCCGCCUUCAUUGGGAAGGUGGGUGAAGACGAAUUUGGCUACAUGCUUGCUGACAUUUUGAAGGAAAAUAAUGUAAACAGUGAAGGGAUGCGAUUUGAUCCUGGCGCUCGUACAGCUUUAGCAUUUGUUACACUAAGGAAUGAUGGGGAACGCGAAUUCAUGUUCUACCGCAAUCCAAGUGCUGAUAUGUUGCUUGAAGAAUCUGAACUGGAUUAUGACUUAAUUAGAAAGGCAAAGAUCCUUCACUAUGGUUCCAUAAGUCUUAUAACAGAACCUUGCAAGUCCGCGCACAUUGCUGCAGCUAAAGCUGCCAAGGAUGCCGGUGUCAUCCUGUCCUAUGACCCCAAUUUAAGGCUUCCUUUGUGGCCUUCAGCAGAAAGUGCCAGGGAAGGAAUAUUGAGUAUCUGGGAAAUAGCUGAUAUUAUAAAGAUAAGUGAAGAAGAGAUUUCUUUUCUGACCAAAGGAGAAGAUCCUUAUGAUGACGCUGUUGUUCGUAAGCUUUACCAUCCCAAUCUCAAAUUGCUUCUUGUAACAGAGGGACCUGAUGGUUGUAGGUACUACACCAAGGAUUUUAGCGGGAGAGUCAAGGGUCUGAAAGUGGACGCUGUUGACACUACCGGUGCUGGUGAUGCCUUUGUAGCUGGGAUAUUAUCACAACUAGCUGUUGAUCUCUCCUUGCUUCAGGAGGAGGACCGGCUAAGAGAUGCCCUUAAGUUUGCAAACGCUUGUGGUGCACUGACUGUGACGGAGAGAGGUGCCAUUCCAGCUUUGCCAACUCGAGAAGUCGUUCUGAAUACAUUGCUCAAGUCUGUGGCAUAAAUAGGUUCAUCUCUCAGUCUCUGUUAUUUUUGUCAAUGAACAUGUCACCACAAGUAGUCUGAAACGGAGGUGAUAGAGCGGCUGUUGAGGAAAAUAAAGGUCUUUCUUGUUGAGUAGAAAACUAUAGCAUUCUCGAGUAAAGACUGAUUGCUAUACUGUUCAUGUCAAAAGUGAAGUUUUUUUCUGUUGGGUAUGUAUUGAUAAAUGAAUGAGGAUUGAGGAGCUAGUAGCCAAUGUUUGUUUGUUGGAAAAUAGAUUGGUUGAAGAGUUAGCGAUGGAA